ACAACACUUUUUCCCCUUUCAAUCGUACUUUCACACACACAAUGGCUUCAGAAAAGAAGGUCGCUGAGAACAUGCUUUGGGGAGGUCGUUUCACGGAGGGCCUCGACCCUGUGAUGGAGCAAUACAAUGCGUCCCUGCCCUACGAUCGCCUGUUCUAUGCACAGGAUAUCGCUGGGUCCAUUGCGUUUGCCCGCGCCAACAAGAACAAUGGCAUCCUGACUGCCGACGAGUUCGCUGCUAUCGAGAAGGGCUUCGUCCAGAUCAAGGAGGAAUGGGCAAACAACACCUUCGAGGUCAAGCCCAACGACGAGGACAUUCACACAGCGAACGAGCGCAGGCUGAGCGAGAUCAUCGGCAAGGACAUUGGCGGCAAGCUUCACACAGGGCGAAGCAGGAACGAGCAAGUCGCGACCGACAUGCGGUUGUGGUUGAGGGACCAACUGCACAUAUUGGAGGGUUACUUGAAGCAGUUGAUCAAGACUUCGGUGCAGCGUGCCGAGGCUGAGAUCGAUAUCCUGAUGCCCGGCUACACACAUCUGCAGAAGGCACAGCCCAUUCGAUGGUCUCACUUCCUUCUUGGGCAUACCACCGCGUUCUCGCAGGAACUCGAGCGCCUCCAAGAGGUCAUCAAGCGUGUCAACCGCUCUCCCCUGGGCUGCGGUGCCCUUGCUGGCAAUCCCUUCAACAUCGAUCGCGACGCCAUGGCUAAGGAGCUUGGCUUCGAGGGGAUUCUUCCUAACUCGCUGAAUGCCGUUGGCGACCGAGACUUCGUCUUUGAGACUCUGCAGUGGGGCUCUAGUCUGAUGCUCAAGAUGUCUCGAUGGGCCGAGGACCUCAUCAUUUACUCCAGCUUGGAAUUUGGCUUCGUGCGCCUCGCAGACGCUUACUCGACUGGAAGCUCCCUCAUGCCGCAGAAGAAGAACGCAGACUCUCUCGAGCUGAUCCGUGGCAAGAGCGGUCGCGCCUUCGGACACAUGGCUGGUCUCUACGUGACAAUCAAGGGUCUUCCCACUACAUAUAACAAGGACCUGCAAGAGUCCGUCGAGCCGCUGAUCGACCACAUCAAGACUGUCGGCGACUCGCUCCAGAUCGCUACCGGUGUGAUCUCCACCUUGAAAGUUAACAAGGAGAAGAUGUACGCUGCGCUUGCACCGGAAAUGCUCGCCACAGAAUUCGCAGACUACCUUGUCAGGAAGGGUGUGCCUUUCCGUGAGGGUCACCACAUCUCCGGUCGCGUAGUCGCGGCUGCCGAGGAUAAUGACAUCCCAAUGGACAAGCUGAGUCUGGAACAGCUGAAGGCUAUUGACUCGAGGUUAGGCGACGACGUUGUCGAGUGUCUCGACUACGAGCGUGCGGUGGAACUGAAGAACGCUACAGGAGGUACAAGCAAGAGCGCGUGUCUCGAGCAGAUCGCCAUCAUGAAGAAGGCGUUGUAGGAGGAUUGGCAAAUAUACAGCUUGAGAUGAUGAGCUCACGUAGAUUGCCGCAGCGAUAGAGCGAUUGGUAGAAAGUUCGGCCAUAAAAGCAAAUGCAUAGAUACCCCUCACCUCCUGACCAAUCCAGUCUUUCAUUGUAGGUGUGGAAAAG